CUCUUCUCAACUACAUUGAAGUCACAUGAUGAACAUUGGACUUCACGCGGUUUAUGCAGAAUUUUGCCGCGAGAUGGAGAGUUUUUGUCCGGAAUGCUUGCGUUCCGGCUUUUCAGUACCUUUAUUGAAAGUUAAGUCAUCUGCUGGUUCAAUAAAUGGAAUCUGCUCCUCAAACAGGUGUUCAUACCCAUUUUCAGUGUACUCUGAUCUGCAGUUAUCACUUUGUAGAGGUGUAGAUGACCGUGCAUCAGAAGAAUCUCAAACGGUCCGUGGUUUUCUUGAUGAACUGUUUGGUAUGGAUGUCAAAAAUGGAGACGAUGGAAGUUCGUUCAAAGGUGUUGACUCCUCUCACCUGUAUAGUGAUUGUGUGCCUACAAGUUCAUCUGGUAGUUUCGAUUUGAUUCAACAAGAUGUUUGCGACAGUUCUCCGGUUGACAAUCUCUUCCAAAACAAUUAUAUGCUUCCAAGAUACUUAGCAGAUGACAUGAAAAGAAUUAUAAGUGAAGAUUUAUCCUAUUCAAAACGUCCACAGUUCCAAACUACGAGCAAUCCCCACAUGUCUGAAAAGUUCAAUCGGAGUAGUGACAGUGGAAUUUCAAUCUCUUCGCGGUCUUCUAAACCAUCUACUCUUAGCUACAGCGAACAUGUCGCCCAGCGGAUGUCAAACCAAAGCGAUGCUAUUUCAACCUCUAAAUCAGUUUCUAUGUCUUCUUUCCCACUCGACAAAACAAAGAAUAUGGCCCAUUUUGAUCGGUUGGUUAAACUUCAAGAAGAACGAAUGCAGCUCCACUAAUGUGUAUAUUCAUCCCACCCUCAAAGAUGCUUCGAACUUCUUUUAUUUAAACCUACAAAUCAGUUUGUCGAUACAAACCUUUAUGUACAGGCUGUUUGACUUUUUUUCCAAAGUCAUCCAAAUAAAUUAUGCCUCUCUUCGAGACUUUUCAGUAUGUCUGGAUUUCUCACGUACUUUACUUGUGGAUCUUAUUAGUGUCAAAAACCCUACAUUUUUCUUUCAACAACCCGUUAUCAUUAUCAGUACUUUGACAUAGUCAUCUGCCUUAGUCAUUUGAUGACUCAUCAGCUGAUGAGCGAAGUGUAAGAAUAAUAUUUCAGAGGUCCAUUUCCACAGCACUACAAAUGAACGACCUAUAUACGAUAUAAUCGUUUUCCUUCAAUACACAUCAUUGUACUAUGUUUAAGACAGUAUAUUUGAAUAAUGCUGUUCUAUGGAUCAUCUUUCUGUUGACGGUUAGCGUUUUUGCAUUUUUAAAUCAUCGUUAAGUAGACCAAAACCUGACUGGUAGUAUUUACGAACGAUCGAAAAGUAAUUUACGUGAGCAAUGCAACUGGCAUAAAGAAUGAUUAGUGUUCCACUGGUAUGUGUGUGUAUGAAUUGAAUGACGGAUCAUCCAAUUUUAUCCUUCUAAAUGUAUAGAGCUAUGUUUCUUAAAAACAUUUCCCAUCAGGAUAAUGAAAGUGUCAAAAGCCGCUUUUCUUGGUAAUGUAGGCUUAGUGUUGUUGUGUAUACCGUUCUAUUAUUUACAGGGAAGACUACAUUCAUUAGCAACGGGGAGUAGAUGGAUAUCAAGAUUGCAUCCUGGAAUUUCCAACUAAGCAAUUUUGUUCUUUCCAGUUAUAUUGAGUGCACUCUGAAAAAACUGGUCAUCAUAAACGUCCACAAUCGUGUUCGUUUUUGAUAGAAUUAUUAGAUAAGAAUAUAAUGAGGCUGCUAUUUCGGGAACUAGAAAUAUAAACUUGUUGCACAAGUACUCUUUACUAGUGCUUUUUCAGUUACCAUGGUACUAAUGAUAUUGGAAUUAGCCCUAACAAUAUAUAUUUAUGUAUAUGGUUUAGCUUUCAACCACUGAAUUUGGGUCUCGAUUGGUCUACCUAUCACCAGUCAUGAUACAGCAAAUAUGACUACUAGCUUAUACUACUGCAGGGGGUCCGAAUUCCAGGUUCCAAUCCCACUCUACCUUUUUCAGUUUGACCAGAUGAGUAGUAUCACUAGCUCUCACAUUUAGUGUGGUUUAUAUCCAGGUAUUUACUGAAUGUGUUAAUUAAACUAUAAGUUGUUUGUAGAGAACUCUGAAAGCAGUCUCCAACAUUUUAGAGUGGUGAUAGUAACAAAAUAAUUCUUCUGAAAAAUAACCUUCCAAGUGUCUUUAGGUUUCAUUUCUGGUGUUACAGUAUUCCGAGUAAUUACUAUAGACUGGUAUUUGUACAUUAAAAUCGAUAUUGUACAGUAAGGACAUCUGUAAUCAAAUAUCACUAUUUGUAUGUUUUCGUAAAUAAGAAACAUGAAACCUUGUAAGGUAGUACAUCGGGACCAAGUAAGUCUUCUAAUUGAUUUCCUAAAGUUGAGACAUUAAUCCUAACAGACCCUUACAUUAUCACUUGGUAGGUAUACCUCUAAAUCUCUAUUAUUUAGUAGUAUUUUUUUGAAGGUAUAAACCACAUGAUCUAAAUCAAAACCAGUAGUGUCUGAUCCCUGUUUGUUUGUAUUAUUUGUGACAACGAUAUCAGUUCUUUCGUAACUAAGAGUACUUUUUUUACAAAGUAGUAGUUCAGUACUCACUGAAAUGCAAUUUAUCGCGCAACGCAUACAUCGGUGUUGGAGAAAAUAUGAGAUCUUCAAAGCUGGCGUGUACAUAACAAUUGGUGCAACGUUUACCCAUUUUAUUCUAAAAUCGGAAGUUCCAAAAAUUUCAUUCUCACAGCCUGUAAAUGCAGCUGAAAUAAUUUACCCUUCUCUUGUCGGCGCCCCAAACCUCCCAAUAAACAAUGAAGCUUUUCAUACUUUGGGAAUGCCAUCAUCAAGUCAUCUUCGUGUUUUUGACGGCUAUAUAUGUGUUUAUGAUCGUCGCAACAGAAUUCCAUAUUGGGUAAUGGAGCAUUUAAACCCUGCUAAACUACAUCAAGUUGAUAUUGAUAAGGCUGGAGUAGAUCGUAAGGAUUUCGAUUUCUAUGAAGAUCUUGGUGAAAUUGAAAUGUUCCGUUCUACUAACAAGGAUUAUUUGAACUCUGGAUAUGAUCGUGGUCAUCUGGCCGCUGCAGGAAAUCAUCGCCUCAGCCAUUCAGCUAUGGGACAAACUUUUAUAUUGAGCAAUAUUGCACCUCAAGUUGGGUAUGGUUUCAAUCGGCAUGGUUGGAAUAGCCUAGAGAAGUAUAUACGUGCGGUUGCAAGAAAGUCACACAAUAUGGUUGUUAUUACAGGACCAUUGUUUCUACCCCAAAAUGUAAAUGGCAAGAAAAUUGUGACUUAUGAAGUAAUUGGUAACAAUAAUAUUGCAGUUCCAACUCAUUUCUUUAAAGUGGCAGCUAUUCAAAAUAAACCAAAUGGAGAAUGGCAUCAAGUAGCUUGGGUAAUGCCCAAUAUUCGUUUACCUGAGCAAAUUAAAGUGGAUGGUUUUAGAGUUCCUGUUGAAAGUGUUGAAAGUGCUUCAGGCUGGAAAUUUUUCCCUAAACUUAAAUCUUAG